ACUGCUUUGUCUUACUUCGCAAGCACAAUCAACCUUAACAGCCUCUUAAUUCUUUAGCUAAAAGCUCAGUCCUAAAUUUGGUUUUGUCUGAUUUAAGUUUUUUCUUGUUAACUUUCAUAAACAAAAGACAAAGUCUGACACACUCCAGGAGUCGGAGGCAUUCACGGUUCAAGAGUUUCCCUUUGCCAGACAUUAUCCAACGCACCAGUAAAAUUAACAAACAAAAGAGUCCCCUCCACCAAAACCAGUCCACUUUUUUUUUUACUAGUUUAUUAUUUAAACAAAGACUUCAGGUUUCCAUACAUACUCGCAAUAGAAAAGUCAAAGAGAUUCAACUGAAACAUUUCUCAUUAGACGUCUACAAAACUUUGGGUAUAAAAGCAAUUGCAUGAAUUUUAAAAGAAUACAUUUAGGUCCGAUUAUUAUCAUAUAUCAUAUCAGAUUAUUAUUCAAAUAAAAUGACAAAUAGAACAAAAUUACUAAAUGGCUCAAAUUAAGUUUUUUUAUUCAAAAUAUUUAUAAUAAUAAUGGUACAAUCAAAUGAUACUAUUAUAACUACUUUAAAAAACAUUCAGAAUGAGCCUCUUUUGUUGGCGUUUUCAACCUCUAGCUACACCGUGUCAAGGUGGGAAACAGAUGUGUCUGUACAGCACAUAGCGGUACUGGGAAGGACGAGUUGGAUGAAGAUUGUUCACAGAUUGGCCUCGCAAAAGUCAUUUAAUGUGAAAGUCAGAGUCAAGUCCUCAAUCGAUACUUCUUAAAAUACGACAGAUCAACCACAGAAGCGACCCGCUCAGUAUUCAGAGGGUGUUAAAGGGCAAUCACGCUCCAUCUGGAUAUACAGACAGCUGAGGGAAAUUAGCAGGGUGCUUCAAGGUCCAAGUUUGGAUAGAAACCCAAUAGCUCAAUAGAAACUCAAUAGCUUAAAAAAAAGCAUCAAAAACACCAUGUUUCUUCAUCUCUGGCAAGAAGUAGGUGGCAGGGAUGUGCUAAACCAUUUUUUUUUAAAUGACUAGUUGACUGAAUGAAAGAAAAUGGAUAAAUCACGUUAUGGAAAAAGUAUGAAUGACAAAAAUAAACAGCAGCAUUGCUGCAUUGAAGAAAAUGACCCCCCAGGAUCCCAGUGUCGACACAUUCAUCCGUUCCUCCAGGUUUAACUCGUGAGAGAGUGAGAGAGAGCGAGAGGCAGAGGCAGAGCGAGUCAGUGAGCAGACACAGAAUGAGAGAGGAAGGCUCAGAGGACGUAUGGAAGUUUUAGACCAGUCGGUGAUCACGGUAGGUGAUGCGGAGAAGAUCUGGGGAUUCGUCCAGACCCUCGAGAACAAGGACAUUCCUCAGCAUGCAACUGAAAUGUGAGAUAAUAUCUGGAUCCGUUCCCACAGAGAAUUUGGUCGUCUACUUUUUUUUGGUGUACAUAUAAGAUGAGAGUUCACAAUCGGAGGAACGUUUCAUGUAGUAGCCCCCGUUUCAUUUGCUUAAAAGAUGAGCGAAAACAAAACGGUGAAUGAUAUGGAAUUAAGCUAGAAGGAAAUCUUCAGGUUUGAAUUCAAGGUAAGUGAAAAAUAGACUGAAAUUUUCAUAAUAUGUUUUUUCAUGGAAUGUUUAAUGUAUUUAGAACCAUUUUAAAUUUAGAAGACAAAAUAUAGUUAAAAAAUUUAAAUGUAAUUUGAUGAGAUAAAAACAAGGUAUAUUAAGCUUAUAAUGGGGUAAAAACUACUUCAAACAGUGGUAAAGUUGGUAAGGGAAAUUAAAUGGUCUCCAUAACAGAAAUAAAGAAAAAAUUACAGUAAAUUAAUGUUAUUCUACAGUAGUUACUUUUUUCUAUAAAUGCCAGAAUUUUCCUAUAUUUCAUAAAAUUAUAUACAUAUACACUAUUUGUCUAUUUCACCACACUCAUUACAUAACGUUAUGCUAGAAGGAGCCAUUUCGAAAUUAUAAUGAAGUUAUGAAACCCCAAUUAUUCUGUAAACAUAAACAUUGUUUAUGAAGUCAUUAGAUUGAUUGAAGUAGAUAGGAAUACAAAUUACUCCAUAUGGUCAACACUCACAGAUCAUUACUGAUAGCUACUUCCUUGCUUAAUUCAGAAACAUGGCCUGGAACACGUACCACUAAUCACAUCACGAGAAAAUCUAAUUUAUCAUACAUCAGUUUGAAGACUACUGUAAUGUUCAUAUUCGCAGGAGAAAGAACAAAGAUGGUCAGGACCUUGUCUACCAUGUGACUAAUCCGCUCUUUUAUUCAUCUGGAGAUAAUAAAUUGAAAACUCUUUUGCUCGAGCAAACACAAGUGCAUUAUUUGAACUUGAACGUACCACCACCCUCGGACCAGAGGGAGUCUGUGACAAUGCUGGACGAGCUCACGGAAAAAACUAAAGCACAACUUUCCAAAGCAGAAUGGCUAGCAGUAGCGUCUCCUCUACGCCAGAGCUCAACCAAACAGGGAGCGAGAAUUGGGAAUCCCUCCAGCCUGGAGAACCACUCCGUUGGGCCGCGCUGCUCAUUCUUCUGGUUAUCAUCCCCACCAUUGGUGGAAACAUCCUGGUCAUUCUGGCAGUGUCUUUGGAGAGAAAACUCCAGAACGCCACUAACUUCUUCCUGAUGUCUCUGGCUGUGGCCGAUCUGCUGGUGGGAUUGCUAGUAAUGCCCAUCGCUCUGGUGACUGUGCUAUUUCACUCCAGGUGGCCCCUUGCAGAUUUCCUGUGCCCUAUCUGGUUGUUCCUGGAUGUCUUGUUUUCGACUGCCUCCAUCAUGCACCUGUGUGCCAUCUCCCUGGACCGCUACAUUGCAAUCAAGAAACCAAUCCAGCACAGCCAGUUCAAGUCCAGAGCUAAAGCGCUGGCUAAGAUAGCACUUGUCUGGCUAAUCUCUAUAGGUAUUGCAAUACCAAUUCCAAUCAAAGGGCUACAAGUCUUCGACCAUCCAAACAAUGUCACGUUCAACAACAACCACACCUGUCUGUUGUCACCAGAAGGUUUCGGGGACUUCAAGGUGUAUGGGUCUUUGACGGCUUUCUUUAUACCACUCACAAUUAUGAUGAUUAUCUACUUGCUGACAAUCCAAGUACUGCGCAAGAAGGCCUAUCUUUUGAGAUCGCGAGCAGCAAGGCCCAGCAUUUCCACUGUCUUCCACCAGGAGUUGCCGGUUGUCUCUUCGCCUGAGAAAGUGGUCAUUGCAAAUGGAAUAAAAAGGGACCGAACACUGCAUCCCGUCACAAGGGAUGAGAUCCCUCUCCGCAGGAUGUCCACCAUAGGAAAGAGGUCCAUGCAAAACUUGAGCAAUGAACAAAGAGCAUCAAAGGUUCUGGGGAUUGUAUUCAUGUUGUUUGUUGUGAUGUGGUGUCCUUUCUUCAUUACCAAUGUGACUUCUGUACUCUGUCAAGGGUGCAACAGUAAUCUAAUGGACCAGCUGUUGGAUAUCUUUCAAUGGGUGGGCUACGUUUCGUCGGGAAUCAACCCGCUGGUUUAUACGCUGUUUAACAGGACAUUCAGGCAGGCCUUUAGGCGCUACAUCACAUGUAACUACAGACGUGUAAGGACUCCAAAAAUUCAACGGAGAAACAGAAUUUCUUUUCGGCCAUCGGUGACCGAAAACUCAAAACGGUUUAUGAAACACGGUAUGAAGAAUGGCAUCAGCACUGUAAGUUAUCAGAGUCCUCUUCGGCGGCGUCCUACGCACCUGCAGACCUCUCUGAACAUCACGCUGGACACAUUGCUUCUGACGGACAAUGAAGAUUUCAAACCUGACGAACACGUAAGCCACGUGUAGCACAUCCGAUAACACUUCAAAUAAGUAGCACAUCCGAUACACUUCAAAUAAGAAGCGAGACAGGGAUGUGCCAGUCGUUCAGUGCCAAAAGCCCACAAGUUCUCAUGGAAACCAAUGAGAUAUGGUCUAAAAUGGUUCAGAAGGGCUGCAUAAAAUGGUCGGGGGAUUGUUUUGCAUGGUCGCCAAUAUCACAUUCAGUCACAUUUUAUUUUAAGGUCCAAUUCUCACUAUUAACAAAUCAUUAACCACAACUUUUGCCUUCAAUAACCUCCUAAUUUGAGGCUCAAUAGUAAGUAAGGUAGUUGUUAAGUUUAAGUACUGGGUAGAUUAGGGAUGUAGAAUAUGGUCAGCCAAAAUAUGUGUUUUAUGAUCACUAAUAACUUGUAUAUAAUAACAAGCAUGCUAAUAAGCAACUAGCUAAUAGUGAGAAUUGGUCCUUUACUGAAGUGUUACCUGAUACUCCAUCUUAAUUCCCUUGAUUGGUAGAUAGAUUUACAUUUAAUAUGACUGUCUAAGAACCCCCAAAAGACAAAAAUAGCUUGGGGGUGUGAAAGUAAUGCCAGCCUAAUAACUGGUGGAACUGUGAAAAUAGACAGUACUUAUGGCAAAGAGGGAAGUAUUUUUGCACAUCCCAAAGUUAGUAGACAGGGUCUACAAAGUGAAGCCAAAAUAAGACAUCUUCUCUAUAUAAAGCACAAGUCUUGAAUAAAUAACAUCUCCACUUAUCUUCUGUAAACAAUGAAUAAAUAAUACAUGCUUCACUAAGUUAUGGCAGGUCUUCUUUACCUCUGCAGACUGAUCUUGAAUCAAAAAUGCCUUUGUAUAUGUAAGAAAUAACUUUGUAGAUACUGACAUUUUGCAAGAUUCUUCUGAACUAUUGCCAAAUAAACUUUUUUUCCAGAUAAAAAGUUGUUGACGUUAUGAUUUUAUUAUGCGUUCAGACAAUAUUUCUUGCAUACUAACAUAACUAAGAAGUGCUUGUUUUGGCUAAUGCUUAAAUUUAUAAUUGCACAAAAAACAUGUCAACAGUGCUACUUUGAAGUUGUUCUUCUAUGAAGAAAAAAACAACAACAACCAUGUUUUCCAGCAUGAUCUUAUGAGGAAAAGAUUCCAUUCGCAUUUGUAGUGAGUGAUCAAUCAACACCCAGAAAAGAAGAAGAUGUCCAGUCAUGAUUUGCAUGUGCAGCCGUGAUAGGAGGCCUGUGAGACAGACGACACAAACCUGUUGAAGUGCUGCAGCUCUGUGCACUCUCUAAACACAGGAGGGAUUUAUAUAGAUUUAUUUAUUUUCUUUUAACUGACAAUUGAUCAUGGGAAUAUCGCAUGGCCUUUUUAGGGCUUAAAAUAGUUCAGCAGUUCUACUUAGCCAAGAACCAGAGGGGGAACUUACUGCUGGCAAAAUAAUAAUAAUAAAAAAAGAGAAGCAUAUGGGACAACACAACAUGUUCUACCCUUGCAUGCAGAGUGUUUAAAAGUGCAAGCUGUUUUCGAUCGAAAUCUGUGGUUGGGCCUAUGAUUAAAAACUACUUCAAAGUAUUUUUUUGUCUUGAAGCUGGUGAUUUUGAGGUCAUCAAAUGUUUAGAUUGAUCCAUAAUCAAUGCUGGCUAUUUCAGGAUGUACUCAACAUCCAGAUGUUUUGAAGUGUGUAGCGGACAUGACCGUAAACCAGACUAAUUCAAUUACUGAUUUAAUUAGCUUGGUCUGAUUUUAAUUAGCAAAUUAGCUUAUUAGCUUAUUAUUCUAAUUCACUGUUUAAAUGUAAGAAUUUGACUCAAAAGAUGAUGGACACCUUAAGGAAAAGAAAAAAGCCCAUAAAAAGGUACAAAUCAGUUUAAACUUAUUGGAAAAGAUUGGUUUCUCGUCUAUGGUAUUCUUUAAGACGCCAGCAGAAUAACACUCAGCAAAAUAUAAUCUAAUUAUGAUUAUCAAUAAAAUCCCAAAAAAACAUUUUUUUUUCUUGAUAUCGCGCACCCCUAGCUGAAGAACUGCAUAAGAGAUCAUGACAGAAAUUUCCAUUACCUGCCGAAACACUAGGCAGAGUAACGAAAGGAUGCCAAUAAAGCAAGUGCCACAGGGCACGAUAGGAGGAAGUGAUCCAUCUCUUAAUAGGACUAAAAUCAAGUCCUGAGGACAAGCGCUUCAGAAGACUCUCUGUAAAGCGCUGCAGAGGAAUGGGUGGAAUCUCGUCUGUGUAUACAUUAAGGGCUGAUUAAUCAGGGUUACUGGAAAGCUUUUAGAGAGCGGCUCAUCCCGAUGAGGUCUGUUUAUAAUGAAGCACAGGAUGAGACGACAGGGAGCGUUGAUGAGAGAGAGACGGCA